GUUCAUAUUAUAAGAUGAACAGGAGGAAGAAAGAUUUCGGGAUAGGAGACAAUGAAAGCGAAUUCUACGAUGGAAAGAUGAAAAAGAAUGAGCAGUCAAUGUCGUCGGCAUCUAUGACAUCAUCGGUGAAAGAGGAUAUGGAACCUGUGCAGUGUAGGUGCGGACUUACAAGCCCAAUUAUAACAUCCACUACUAUAAAAAAUCCUGGGAGGCGAUUCUAUGGGUGUGCUAUGUAUGACCGUAAAAAGAAAGCUGGCCAAUGUCCUUUUUUCCAAUGGUAUGACAAAGAAACCUGUGCUCGCGGAAGGGAGGUCCUACCUGCGCUGUAUAAACAAGUUCAUUCCCUGAAAUGUGAAGUGUCAUUACUUAGGGGCAAACUAAAGAUCCAAACAUAUUUGUUGGUUUUUUUGUUGGUGAUUUGUGUACUGUUGAUUUGUCUAAGGUUGAUGGGGCAUUGAGGCAUGGGAAUGAGGCAAUUAGAUUAUUAUCAGUGAAAUGGACUAUCUGUUUUGUUGUUGUCAAGGAUAUUGUUUACUUACCUAUGUUGUCCACGUGGAUAUAUGGUUAUGUCUUCUAUGUAACAAUUACGUAAAAAUCCUGCUUGUUCGUAAUUAUCAGGUUGUUCGUAAUUAUCAGGUCGGCUGAUUACUUUUA